AUGGCUCCAGUCACUGCCAUUCGCGGCGAUCAUACCAUGUGGCAAUGCAUGACCACAGUCAACGACGAGUACUGUGAGGUCAACGCCAUGUUUGAGUAUGGCCUGGACGACAAAGGCUGUGCCAUCAGAGUACCGAUCCUAGGAUGUCCAAAAUGCAAAUUGGGUCGAAGAAAUGGAACUUUGGCAUUGAGGGAUAAUUGGGAAAUAAUCGGACACCUUGAGGAUUAUACUACUCUGGGAGAAGAGGUCUGGGAAUAUGAUGUUCCUUAUGAUGUUGAUGAGCCAGAUCCGGUUUUGUAUCGAACUGUUGCCGGUUUCGGGGGCGGCGAUAUUAUAUACGAUGAUGUGGGCAAUGAUCGAGCUGCUAAUGGGGAUUAG